UUCUCUUCUCCAGUCAUUCCCUUCGGGUUAGCCCAGUUAAUACAGACUUUGAUAGUCGAUACUUGCCUUUCUCUUUUGCUUUGACAGCAUCACGCUCUUUACGUCUGCGACGUUUGUAGUAAUCUUCUUACCUUUCUAAUCCCCUCCUUUUUGAGUAUUAACUGGGCUUUCCUCAACCCUUCUCCUCAAUCAACACAAUUCGAGAUGUCUCUCAAGACCUUUGCCACUCUGGCCCUUGCGACUGGUUUCGCUGUCGCUAAGCCCGUCCACUCGCCGCUGAACCUGCCCGCCUACCCGAAGCGCAACAAUGCCAUCGGCAACGGCUUCAACGGCAAUGGCUUCAACUUCAUCGAUGGGUUCAACAACUUCAACCAGCAGCAGCAGGUGAUCCAGAUCCAGGAGCAGAACCUUCAGAUCAUCGACAACGGCUUCCAGCAGCAGGUUGUGCAGCAGGUCAACGAGGUGCUCAUCGUCGACCAGCAGAACAACGGCUUCAACAACGACCUGAACAACAUGUUCCGCAAGGCCAACUUCCGCAACAACUUCAACGACGUCUCCACUGUCAUGCUCGUCGUUCAGGAGAUCCAGGUCGCAAUCGAUGAUGGCAGAGGCAACCAGUUCCAGCAGAACGUCUUCGCUCAGAGCGUGCUUGUGGCCAACCGUGGUUCUUUCCAGACCAACACUGUCAUGAUCUUCGACUCCCGCACCCUUAUCGCUCAGGACAUUCUCGGUGGCGGUUUCGGUGGCGUCGCUGGCAUUGGCGGUGUCGGUGGUGUUGCUGCUGCCACUGGUGCCGUCCUCCCGACCAAGACCAACGAUGUUCAGCUCCUCGGCGCUAAGCCCACCUGGUCAUCUGUUGCCGAAGACCCAGCUGCCACCCUCGGCGGUGUCUGGCAAGCCGAGCUCGAGGACCUCCAGAAGGCCGACCAGGAUGCUGCUGACAACGGUGUCAACGCCGAUGCUGCCGCUCAGGAGAAGGCUGCUCUCGAGGCGGCGAACGCCGAGGAUGCGAACGCUGAGGGCGAAAAUGCCGAGGGCGAGCAGUCCGAGUAGAUGCAGAACACUCCCUGC